UCAGCCUGGCGUGGGACAGGGAAGAGAAAUGGCUGCAGUGGAGUCAGUCCAGGGGCCGGUGACCUUCAAGGAGAUGGCUAUGUAUUUCACCAGGGAAGAGUGGGCUCUGCUGGACCCCACUCAGAGAGCCCUCUACUGGGAUGUCAUGCAGGAGAACUAUGAGACUGUGACCUCGCUGGGCCAGAGAAUAACAUCCAUGUUUCGCUGCAGAUCAUCUCGUCCUCCCAGGGGCAAGGAAAUGGCUGCAAUGGAGCUGGCUCAGGGGCCGGUGACCUUCGAGGAGGUGGCUGUGUAUUUCUCCAGGGAAGAGGGGACUCUGCUGGACCCCACUCAGAGAGCCCUCUACAGAGAUGUCACGCAGGGGAACUAUGAGACGAUGGUCUUGCUGGGUAAGGAUUCCUGUCCCUUCUGUUCUUGGAAGGGGAAAUGAAGAGUGAAGGUUCAUACCACCCCCACAAUGCCAUCUGUACCCUGUCCUGUUUCAGCAUCACCCCAAUAGGCCAGUAACAUACAUACUACCAGAGACCCUCCUCUGCUGCAGAACACUUUGGGAACAGAGCACAGGAGCAGCAUCACACAAUGUCAAAUAUCUCCUCUUUACUCAAGUAAAACUGGGGUUAGGUCCAGCAUAAUGAACAGAAGCUUCCUACCCCCAGCCUUCUCUCAAACCCUGAGCCUUCUCUACCCAAACCAGAAUGUGCUUGGGGUGUAACAAGCAGGCGGCUGGAGUCAGAGC